AUGGACAUGUUCUGCGCAAAGAAGCUGAACAUGAAAGUGCAUAUCAAUAUGACCAGUGACACACUGACUAUGAAAUUUCACCGUCCAAACCAAAGCAUCAAGUUAGAUGGAUUUAUUCUUGGAUAUGGCAGCAACUAUUUCUCGAACCAGUAUUUUCAGUGGCCAGAAAAUGGAAAGUCAUAUGUCACAGAUGUGGAUGCAGAGACAAGAUAUUUAAUAGCUGUGAAACCAAAUGAAAAGACAUGCAAAGAAAAGAAUUCAUCUCAGAAACCUCUUCAUCUUGUUGUUGGCACACUUACACCCACAUCCGUGUUUCUUUCAUGGGGAAUCCUUAUAAAUCCACAAAUUGACUGGUCUGCUCUCAGCAAAUGUCCGAAUGACAGAUUUUAUACAGUUCGCUACAGAGAAAAAAAUAAGGACUGGAAUUUCCAGCUUUGUCCUACAACUGAAACUGUAGUUGACAAUCUAAAGCCAAACACUAUGUAUGAAUUUGGUGUGAAAGAUAACUCAGAUGAAGAAAUGUGGAGUAAACCUCAAAAUCACAAGACCAGUUCGAAAGGUAAAGAAAAUGGAAAUAUAGAAAAUACAUACAAAAUUCCAAAAGGCACCUUACAGCUGCAGAAGUACUAA